AUGGAGCAGGAGAACCUCACCACCACAGUGACAGAAUUUGUCCUCUUGGGCCUCACCCAAAGUCCUGAGCUGCAGCGAUUCCUCUUCAUUGUCUUCUCCAUAGUCUACCUGACAACCUGGCUGGGAAACUUCACCAUCAUCAUCACUGUGAUCACCGAGCACCAGCUUCACACCCCCAUGUACUUCCUGCUGGCCAACCUGGCUUUCAUGGAUGUCGGCGACUCAUCAGUAAAUGCUCCAAAAUUUCUGGCGGGUCUCCUCAGCCAGCGUAAAACCAUCUCAUUCAAUGAGUGCUUCCUGCAGAUGUUCUUCUUCCACUUCAUCGCCGGAGCAAUGUCAUUUUGCCUUGUGGGGAUGGCAGUCGAUCGGUACGUGGCCAUCUAUAAACCACUGCGGUAUUUGACAAUUAUGAACCCUGGUGUGCUCGUGGGGAUAGUGGUACUGGCAUGGCUGGGUGGAUUGGCUCACUCUGCUGUUCAGAUUGGACUGCUCCUCCAGUUACCAUUCUGUGGGCCAAAUGUCCUGGACAAUUUCUACUGUGAUGUUCCACAGGUCAUCAAACUGGCUUGUACCGAGACUCACCUGCUCGAACUGCAGAUGGUCUUCAAUGGUGGAGUGCUACUUGUAAUGAUAUUCAUCAUUCUGCUUAUUUCCUAUGCUACCAUCUUAGUCAAGAUAAGGACAUACCUCACAGAAGGGAAACACAAGGCUCUGUUGACUUGUGGAACCCAGAUUACCGUGGUGUGUUUAAUAUUCAUACCCUGCAUCUUCAUCUAUGCUCGACCCUUCCAGAAGUUCACCCUGGACAAGGUGGUCUCAGUCAUUUACACUGUAAUCACCCCAAUGCUGAACCCGAUGAUCUACACGCUGAGGAAUGCUGAGAUGAAGAAGGCCAUCAAGAGACUGAUGAGGAGAGUGCUGUGCUCAAGGAGGGAAAUAAAUACAUAA